AACUCUCUCUCUUCCAUUUAUACUGAGUUUUAAAAAAAAUUCCAAAAAAUCAAAAUUUAAUCUUUCUCUCCUAGUAACUCUUGAUUUCAACUUCAUGAUGAAAAAUUAUACACCAAUUUCAUUGUUUGUUUGCUGAUAUCAAAUCUUCUACAACCCACAUUGUUUUUUUGUUUAUUCGUCUUUCUUGUUUGAAGCAAUUAGUAAAAAGCUUCAAAUGGGGACUCCAACUCAUAAAAUCAAUAGGCUUUUUGCUUCUUCAAGCCCGAAGAUAGGUCCGGAUCCAUCUUUCGACUUGCAUGCAUCCACUCAAUCUCCUGUUAAGGAAGAUGGAAAACAACUUAUUGUUACCCCCAAGGUAGUUCAACAAAAAAUGGUUACACGAAAUUAUGGCAAAAGGAAGGGGAAAAAAAUUUCGAUUGGAAUGUCAAACGAAAUCGCUUCUGAUUCUGAUUUUGAAGAUGAAAUCGCUUCUCCUACUUCUAAGAAAAAGAAGGUUGACAGUGGUAAAACAUCAAUUCCAAAGAAAGAAAAUGAGGUUCAUAUUGUUUUACAAAAAGAGGUUAAAAAAGGUCAAACAUCAAAGAGGACCCGUGCAAAACCGAAAUUGAAGGUAAAGAAGAUGCAAACGAGAUUUUGUACUUACACCAACAUCAAAGCUAUUGAGCAUAUAAAGUCGCGACUAAAGUCUAAGAAGCUAUUGCAGAUGUUUAGGGAGUCCCCAUUUGGAUAUUUUCUUGAUUUACCGAAUAUCAAGGUUCACCCACAACUCGUUCGCGGCUUGAUGUAUACGGAGGCUGAUAAUGAUAGAGAUGAUAUGUUUAUCAUCAAGUUGAAUGGAGAAGAGCUCUAUUUUGGGAUAAGAGAGUUUGCCAUUAUCGGUGGUUUGAAAUGCGGCAUCUUAAGUGAUUUCGUUCCGGACCAUAAUUCACCAAAUAGGUUAAUGAAUAGUUACUUUCCCAAUCAACAAAGAGUACUAAAGAGUGAGUUGAUAAGUUUUUAUGAAGGAAGCACUUGUGUGGGUGAUGAUGAUCUU